AUGUUUGUCAACAAAGGAAAAGCAACAUUUGAAUUUACAGUUCCCAACAAUGAAGCAAUUGGGGAAAAAAGUGUCUAUACCCCUAUUUUUUCAACGGCUGAUGAUAUGUUUUGGCAACUUGAGUAUCAACCGAGUGAUCCCGAGAAUCCAAAUUGCUGUUUAAUCUUUUUGACUGCUAUUCCAAAUUCUGAAGAAGCUGUCUCAACUCAAUUUUGGUGUGAUCGAGCUAGUAUUUCUGCUUCAUUGUUUAUUAAAAACGCACGAUUUAGUAAAGCUUAUACUAUAACUACUGAUGAUUAUUCUUUGAGAAGUAAAUCUUGGGGAAAAAAUUUUAAUAAGAUAACGGAUGGUUCGUCAGUCAUAAUCGGUGUAACAUUUGAAAAUUCCGUUUUAGAAUCAAAAGGAUAUAAUUCUACUCUUAGUACAAAACCAGAAUCAAAAGAUAUUUCAGAAACAUGGGGUCGCGAAUUAGAUGUUCCAGAAAAAUCCGAUGUUUUAUUUAACGUUAAAGAUGGAGUUGUGUACGCGAGUAAAUCAAUAUUAUCAAGUCGUUCCGAAUAUUUCUCGGGUUUUUUAAAAGUUUAUAUUGUUGUCGAUGUUACAGAUACUUCUAAAGUCGUAUUUUAUGAAAUGUUGAGAUAUCUUUAUACAGAUGAAGUUCGAUUCAACCUUGUAUCACCUAUAGAACUAUUUAAAGUAGCUGACAAGUAUAUUUUAUCAAAUUUACGACAGAAAGCCAGGGUUGAAAUCUUCAAAAGAUUAAGUACAAAGAAUGCAAUGCAUCUUUUAUUUAACGAGGCCUGGCAAUGGAAUGAUCUUAAAUAUGAUAUCAUGGAUUUCAUCGUGGAAAAUUUUCAAAAAAUACAAGAAACCCCUGAAUAUAAAAAGUUGUCGGCUGAUAAUAAGGGUCAUCCUGCGGGAAUCGAAAUAUUUCAGGAAAUUGUGGAUAGGUUGUUGAAAAAAUCAUUAAAAUAA